AUGAGCAGCGCCUCGAUGGCGGAUUUUUGUCUAACCUGCUUCAACUACGAAAACUCGCCGAAACCAACCAAUAAAGGCGACAAAAAAGACACCACUUUGAACAUUAUGGACGCCGUAGCGAUGCAUCGUCCUCAGUCGGCCUCGAGUCGUCAAGACGAAGAACUCAUACAGAAGAGUACCAGGGCUCUCUCUUCAACCACUGAUCCGAUGGAGAAGCUGCGUCUCUUGUGCUUGUCUCGCGGUGCGGUGGGGAUUUUGGGUCUUGGAAGGGUAUUCCGUCGUAUGGAUGAUGAUGGCAGCAAGCAGUUGAACAAGGAAGAGUUCAUUAACGGCAUCAAGGAAGCUGGACUUGAACUUUCUAAUUCGGACGCCGAAGAACUAUUUGUAAGAUUUGACACGGACAAGAGCGGUUCCAUCAGCCUAGAUGAGUUCCUCGUUAAGAUAAGGCCUCCGAUGUCUGAAUCUCGGCGCGCUAUAGUGGAGCAGGCGUUUAAGAAGCUGGACAAGACUGGUGAUGGAAUAAUCUCCAUUGAGGAUAUCCGAAACGUUUACUCUGUUAAUUCGCAUCCAAGGUACAUGAGCGGAGAAGAGACUGCUGACCAGGUACUGACCAAAUUCCUCGGUAACUUCGAAACGGAGGGCUCUGUCGAUGGAAAAGUAACAUUGGAAGAAUUCAUGAAUUACUACAGUGGUAUUAGCGUUUCGAUCGAUAAUGACUGUUAUUUUGACUUGAUGAUGCGCCAAGCUUACAAGCUGUAA